GCUGUCAGACAAUGGCGCUGCUCCCCUCGCGCAACCCCCUGCUUCUGCCCCCGGCCCGAAGGGGGCGCUCCAAGGGCCGAGGCGGGGCCCAGCUCAGCGUCAGCUGUAGCCGCCUUCGACAAAUUCAAAGCAUUCUGACUCAGAGCAGCAAAUCCCAGCCAGAUGGAAUACUGUGUAUUUUGGGAAUCGAUAGCCGAUAUAACGAAGGCUGUCGGGAACUGGCAAACUAUCUUCUUUUUGGCUUGUAUAACCAGAACAAUGAAUUUGAAAGGUCAGGGUUUCCUGAAGAAGUCCUUGACGAUGUGAUCCUACUGAUAAAACCAGACAGCGUCCAUCUGUACUGCAACCCUGUCAACUACAACUAUCUUUUGCCAUACGUAGCGUUUUGGAAAAACUUGCAUUUCCAUUGCCUGACUGAAAACGAGUAUGAAGACGAAGAGGCUGCUGAGGAAUUUAAAAUUUCAAGCUUUGUAGAUAUGGUUCGUGACUGUAGUCGAAUUGGAAUUCCUUUCAGCUCUCAAGGUCAUCUGCAGAUAUUCGACAUGUUCAUCGUCGAAAAGUGGCCGAUCGUACAAGCCUUUGCUCUGGAAGGAAUAGGCGGCGAUGGCUUCUUUACAAUGAAAUAUGAAUUAAUGGAUGUCAGUGUGGAUCUGUGGAAAACCUAUAGCAAAAUGGAUCCUGUUUCCUUGGAGAGUUUACUUUAUGAGGAUCUGAUGACUUUUGAACAUCAGUGGAGCAACUUCUUUGCCAGUUUUGACGCUGAAAUUCCUUUCAUCCUGGAACUGUCGGAGUCUCAGGCAGGGGAGCCAUUCCGAAGUUACUUCAGUCAUGGAAUGAUCUCAAGCCAUAUAACAGACAACAGCCCCAGCAGGCAGCCAUUCGUCCUGUUCGGCACCCAUUCCUCAAAGGAGAACCUGAACUCUGGCAACUUCAAUUUCCCUUCCGAGGGGCACCUGCUGCGCAACACGGGCCUCGGUGGGAGCACAGCCAAGCACAUGGUAGUGCAGUGUGUCUCUCCAAAGGGACCUCUGGCUUGCUCAAGGACCUAUUUCUUUGGAGCCACUCACACUCCUUACCUUGGCAAUGAUAAUGAGAUGGAAAAGAAAGCUGAGCAAGUUAAGCUGCUGUCUCAAAUCUAUGCUGCUGUCGUAGAAGCUGUCUUGGCUGGUAUAGACUCCUAUUCAAAAGCAUCCAAUACCACCAAGGCAAAGGAAGUAGCAGAGCAAAUGUUCCUCACUAUGCUUGAUGCCUUUGAACUUACGUACUUCAAAACUCCAUUGCGCACGAAAAUAGAUUUUCGAAUUCAAGCUGUGAACAACCAUGGAAGAAUUAUUCCACUGGAGAGUGAAGAUAGCCUCUGUUUAGUGAAAACUGCGGCCAUGACUGUACACGAUAUUCCAGACUUGCUUGGAGGACGGGGAUGCCUGGGGUCGGUGGUCUUCUCGGAAUCAUUCCUGGCGUCACAGAUUCUUGUGAAGGAAAAAGAUGGCAGCAUGAGCCCAGAAACCAGCUACAUCAUCCUCACCGCAGCUAUCCCAAGAUCAGUUUCUUGGCUGGUUGAGGAUAAUGAAGUGAAAUUGUCGGAGAAGGCCCAGCAAAUCCUGAAGGAAGAAGAAACUUUUCUGGGCCCUCUCCUGACGGGAGGCGAUGGAGCUUAUAUUUCUUCUAGCAACUCUCUAUGUAGGCUGGAAGAAGGUAAACUCUAUUUCUUUUUCGAGGGCCUUCUCUUUUGCCACCCCCACUACGGAAGCAUGACCAUCGCCAAGACCCACAUGACUUCCAUCAGGUUCUAUGACGGAGACUCCACCAGUGUUGUUGCUGCUCUCCUUAUAGACUACAAAAGUUCGCUGCUUGCUCAUCUGCCUGUCCAGCUUCAUACCCCAAGCAAUUCCCUGAUGAUCGCACUUUUCCCGAAGUCAAAGCUUUAUAAAGCUUUCUACUCACAGGUUUUCUCUGUCUGGCAACAACGGGGGAAUUCAGGGAUCGCUUUAAAGAUGACGCAAGAUGACUGCCUGACUGCAGAACAAGCGAGAUUGCAUUCCAGCAUGCAGAAGCUGUUCAGCGUCUUAUCUUGUCCUCCCGGGGAAAGAUGGAACCAGCUAAGACUAUCUACAAGCCUGCCAGAUCUGGAAAGAUUUCUGCAGCACUUUACGGUCAGCAGUGUAAGCCGUGAGCCAAUGAUGAGAGCCCAUCUACCAACGUUGCUGCACCAAGCCAAAGCCGUUCCUGGUAAUAAGGCUGAGAACGAGAAGGUGGUGAUCACCAUCUUAACAGGUCUUCCAGGUUGCCGCUCAAGUGAUCUCUCUUCAUUCCUGGUCACUUUUAACAAAGAAUAUGGACGGUGGCUUGUUUAUCGCCAAACCAUGGACAGCCCUGAAUGUUUCAGCGCAGCGCACUUCCAAAAGUACCUGGCGAGCGUUCUUGAGUCCCAGCACAGCCGCGGUGCCCGUCUCUCAGCUUACAGUCGGAAGAAGAUGAGGCUGCUGGUGGUUCUCCAAGGAUAUACAGAUGUGAUUGACGUUGUGCAGGCCCUGCAGACUCACUCAGACGCUGACGUGAGGGCCUCUUUUGUCAUCGGAGCGGUCACGACUUGCGUAGAGCCACUUAGUUGCUAUAUGGAACACAGGUGUCUUUUCCCUAAAUUCCUGGACCAGUGUUCACAAGGUUUGGUGAGCAACGUGGUCUUCACAAGCCAAACCACAGAGCAGAGGAACCCGCUCCUUGUUCAGCUGCAAAACCUCAUCCGAGCCACAAACCCGGCUGUUUCGUUUAUCUUGGCAGAAAAUGGGGUUGUGACCAGGAAUGAAGACAUUGAGCUGAUUCUCUCUGAAAACAGUUUUUCGAACCCGCAGAUGCUGACCGCUCGCUACUUAACAUAUCCUGGCUGGUACGAAGGCAAAUUCCGAGCAGGCUCCGCCUUCCCCCCGAUGGUUCAGAUCUGUGUGUGGUUUAACCGUCCUUUGGAGAAGAUGAGAUUUGUGGCGAAAUGUAAAGCACUGAAGUCCUCCAAUAAGCCGAGCCCCUUCUCUGGAAAUGUCUACCACAUUUUGGGCAAAGUGAAGUUUUCAGAUUCUGAUCGGAUGCUGGAAGUCUGCCACAACGCCGUUUCCAACUCCUUAAGCUUGGUGCCUGUUCAGGAGGGCCCAACCCCUUCGCCUCCUGACUCAAGAAGCGACAGCCGAGACCACAGCGGCCCUCAGGAAUGCUUCCUGGUCUUCGUCGGCUGCUCCCUCAAAGAAGACGACAUCAAAGGCUGGCUGAGGCAAACAGCAAAGCAGAAGCCACAGAGGAAAGCUCUGAAAACCCGGGGCAUGCUGACCUCACAGGAGAUCAAGAACAUCCACGUGACGCGCCACUUGGAUCCCCUCCCAGCUGGCUACUUCUACAACGGGACACAGUUCGUGAAUUUCUUUGGAGACAAGAUGGAUUAUCACCCGUUAAUGGACCAGUUCAUGAAUGAAUAUUUGGAGGAAGCGAACCGUGAGAUUGAAAAGUACAACAGAGAACUGGAGGAACAGGAGUACCAUGACCUCUUCGCACAGAAGACCUAAGCGUGGUGCCCGUCAGCAGUAUUAAGAGGGUGCAGAAAAACAUCGUUAAAUUCUAAACCAAUUGUCAAUGGCCAAGAAAUGUUUUUUUAUCCUUGCUGGCUAACAGGAAAGUCGAAAAGUGAAAUAAUCCAUUUUCAACUGGUCUUUUAGUAUUUAGGCUCCGUUCAUGUAAAGUUGACAUCAUUUAUGUGCUGGUACAUUUCCACAUUAAGGUUGAACUCUGUGACCUAGAAUUCACUGGUUUAUAGUGGAAUAUGAUGUAAGCGUUUUGUUUUUAUUUCUAAGUAAUUUACACAGCUGUAUUUCCUAGGUUGUGAAGCUGGUCCUGAAUGUGGUUCUUUUGAUGUCCCAUAAUUGCUCUCGAUUGUAUUCAAAUUUAGGGCGAAAAUAUUCAGGGUCAUUGAGCACUUGUGCAAAUCCAGUGUGUUCCUAAAGCGAGAAAUGGGGGAACACACAGACGUUCUUGAGAACUGCUCCUUACCAACAUGGUGGAUUUUGAAGGUGUUCCUGAAGCGAGAAAUGGGGGAACACGUAUGCUCCUCAGAGCCAAUCUUAAUCAUCAUGUUGAUUUUGGGGUGGUGUUCCUAAAGCGAGAAAUGGGAGAACAGACAGACGUUCUUGAGAACUGCUCCUUACCAACAUGGUGGAUUUUGAAGUUGUUCCUAAAACGAGAAAUGGGGGAACACGUAUGCUCUUCAGAGCCAAUCUUAAUCAUCAUGGUGGUUUUGGGAUGGUGUUCCUAAAGCGAGAAAUGGGGGAACACACAGACGUUCUUGAGAACUGCUCCUCACCAACAUGGUGGAUUUUGAAGGUGUUCCUAAAGCGAGAAAUGGGGGAACACGUAUGCUCUUCAGAGCCAAUCUUAAUCAUCAUGUUGAUUUUGGAGUGGUGUUCCUAAAGCGAGAAAUGGGGGAACACACAGAUGUUCUUGAGAACUGCUCCUCACCAACAUGGUGGAUUUUGAAGUUGUUCCUAAAACGAGAAAUGGGGGAACACGUAUGCUCUUCAGAGCCAAUCUUAAUCAUCAUGGUGGUUUUGGGAUGGUGUUCCUAAAGCGAGAAAUGGGGGAACACACAGAUGUUCUUGAGAACUGCUCCUCACCAACAUGGUGGAUUUUGAAGGUGUUCCUAAAGUGAGAAAUGGGGGAACAUGUAUGCUCUUCAGAGCCAAUCUUAAUCAUCAUGGUGGUUUUGGGAUGGUGUUCCUAAAGCGAGAAAUGGGGGAACACACAGACGUUCUUGAGAACUGCUCCUCACCAACAUGGUGGAUUUUGAAGGUGUUCCUAAAGCGAGAAAUGGGGGAACACGUAUGCUCUUCAGAGCCAAUCUUAAUCAUCAUGGUGGUUUUGGGAUGGUGUUCCUAAAGCGAGAAAUGGGGGAACACACAGAUGUUCUUGAGAACUGCUCCUCACCAACAUGGUGGAUUUUGAAGGUGUUCCUAAAGUGAGAAAUGGGGGAACAUGUAUGCUCUUCAGAGCCAAUCUUAAUCAUCAUGGUGGUUUUGGGAUGGUGUUCCUAAAGCGAGAAAUGGGGGAACACACAGACGUUCUUGAGAACUGCUCCUCACCAACAUGGUGGAUUUUGAAGGUGUUCCUAAAGCGAGAAAUGGGGGAACACGUAUGCUCUUCAGAGCCAAUCUUAAUCAUCAUGGUGGUGUUCCUAAAGCGAGAAAUGGGAGAACACACAGGCGUUCCUGAGAACUGCUCCUUACCAACAUGGUGGAUUUUGAAGUUGUUCCUAAAACAAGAAAUGGGGGAAGACGUAUGCUCUUCAGAGCCAAUCUUUAUCAUCAUGGUGGUUUUGGGGUGGUGUUCCUAAAGCGAGAAAUGGGGGAACAUACAGACGUUCUUGAGAACUGCUCCUUACCAACAUGGUGGAUUGUGAAGGUGUCCAGAAGCCAACUUGCUUAACCCAAAAUAAGAGGGAAGAAGGCUAGACUCCUUCAGCUGAGCCUAUGGUGUCAUAAAAACUUGAUGCUUCAUGAAUGAGAUAGUGGGAUUAUGGCUGAAAUUUCAAAUUGAACAUAGAAAUAGGAAGACUUACUGGUAAUGUCACAUGCCUCCGCCGCUGAGGACGACCGCCUGUGGGCUCAGUGGCUUCCGGAAAGCUCUUUCUUGAGGAAGAAACCCAGCUUAGAAUUCUAGAUGGUGCAGCUUGGAAAUUGAAUGUUUUACGGUGGUUCCCUACCACCUGUAAAGCAUUUUUGUUAAGGUUAAGUUACUGUUGCACUCCUUAGGACAUUUAAUUAGGGAUAACGUGAUUUCCUUAAAAGUGAAAGCCAGCUGUUUGUGACUAAAAGCAUUUUAAGCUUUCUGUGGGGGUAGUAACACCCAUAUUACAGGUAAUAGAGCGUCCUUAUAAGGAUCGUGAAUUUAUCUAUGCAUGGUUGUACCUUAGUUACUCUUAAAAUAUACUGAUAGUGCCUGGUAGGGUAAACGUAGCUAGCAAUUGAUUUUGAAGGAGCAGUUGGUGUGUUCAGACUAAGUCACUUUGGCUGUAAUGUGAAAAUACAAGGCGUGCUCUUCCAGUGGCACAGUUACCUUUAAUGUGGCUUCUGCAACAAGUGUUGGAAACUCUCUUCUGACAGUAUUCCAUGCGGUCUCAAGCAGAAACUCGGUUGCUUGCCUGUGCCAACUCCUCUAAGUCAUCCUUCCAGGGAUGUGGAAUGAGUAGUGUCUUCCUAGGAGCUACUGCGCAGGUGGGCAUGGCUGUGUCUAAUGGGGUGGCCAUGGGCCUGCCAUAGUCUCAUCUCAAGAGCCUCGUGCGUCGCUUGGCGCAUACAUAGUGCGCCACCAUCAGCAGGCUUCUGCUUUGGAAGCUGGUGUCCCCCAUUGAAGUCAUGGGCUGGUGGGUUCCCUAUGAGCAUCAGAGCUCUGGCAGAAGUCUUGGGUCACGGCCCCAAAUAUUGCCCCAUCACAAGCAGGAUGUGCUAGCUCAGAAAGAUUCCAGCAGUGGCCCUGGUUCCUGGAGGUUGCAGGGCAUCCAUCCCUUUGCUGCUUUCAAUCCCACCCCUUAAAAGUCCAACCUUCUCACAUGCUCACUCUAGAUUUGUGUUUCCAAUGAAACGAGCCAAUCUGCCCCAAAAAACCUUUUUGUUGCCGGUUUUCACCAAGAAUUCCAGAGUAGUUCUUUGUGGCACUGAGCACGGUGGGAUUCCAGAGAGAGUACUUAAAUUUGAGCCGCAUCUUGAUUUCAGAAGCCACCCCCAAAAUUGUGACAUCCCGGGGCGGGGGGAAUCUCAAAAUAUACUGGGCAUGAUCCACAGGGAACUUUUCCUUCUCGCAAGGCUCCCAUUGAUGUCAAUGUGGGUUCCUGGUGGAUUUUGCCAGAGGCGUUUGGGGGGGAGGGGGGUAGACAGGUCUUUUUUCAGCCAGCAUCAUUUAGUGGAAACCCCUGAUUGCUCCUUUUUUAUAUAGCAUAGAUUGUCUAAUGAUCUGCAAAAGCCAUAUAUCUAGAAAUAACUGCGUUGCUACAGAAGCAUCCGGAAGUUGAGACAAAUGCCAGCGUAGAGGCUUUGCCUCAGCUUCUUCAUUGCUAACGAUAUAGGUUUUAAGUGCAAUUUUUAUUAAAUAGGUGAAGAGAUUGUAGCUUACUUGGCUCUGCUGAACUCUGAAGCUUACGAAACCGAAACCGUGGUCCCUGCAAGACCUGAAAAGCAGGUCCCCAAAGGGGUGUUUUAAGCACGGCCUCUUUCAGCCAUGAAAAUCCUCGUGGCGACACCGGCCCAGCUGCCCCUGCAGUGUGCUCUCGGAGGGUCCCGUGCCCUGCAGCAUGACAUCUGACUCUUGCACGCGCACUGCCUGGCUCCUCCGUUGGCAAUCCUUGCAGAGGGCUUCUUCCGGCACCUGCCCUGGGGCAGCUGUCAUCCUACAGGGAGCCAUUUAUGCACCGUAGCUCUCCGCACGGAUUGGGCAACUUUCACCAUGCCGCUGCAGCUCUUUUUCCUUGGCUGUCUCUCGUGGUGUGCAGGAAGACCACUCAAAUCACCCACUGAGCCUCUGCGUGGGAACAGCUUACACUGCAGGGUGAUGAACGCCAUGUGGGACGAAUCAAAGCAGCCACCGGGCCUAAAUGUGGAGGUCCCUUUUGUCAACCACCCGGAAGGCACGAGGCUCUCCACGUGGAGGGCCAGACGCUUUGUUUGAGCGCAUUAGGGCUCCUUGUUGUAUGGACGGGUCGGCGGCUCCAGCCUGUGAGAUGGCAAGACCUUGCGUGGGCCGUGUGACGUGCAAGGCGAACCACCUGCUUUGUAUGCUUCUUCUUGUCUCCGGGGACGCUUCCUGUGACACCAUAUUGGGUGUCCAAGGAGCUGGCAGGGAAGCGUGUCCCCAGCAGGCCCCGUGACCGCCGGUGGUCACUGGGUGGGACCUCUUAUGGUCCAUUCUGCUGUGAACUGUAAUUAGGUUAAUAGGCCGUGGUAACCAAGCAGGAGGGAAAGGAACCUCUCCCUCCAUUUGGUUGCCCAGCUGAGCCAGGGUUUUAGCAGAGUGCCACAGCAAAGGCAUGGUAGAGCGAGAUUUAUACGCCGUCCUGCAUGCAAAGUGAGAACAGUAACCAUGUGAAGCGAUGAAGGCCUUUCACCAUCCUGGUACAAUUUUGACUCAAUUAUAUUUUGGUAUGGACACAAAUUGUUUCGAUUACCUCAGCUUUUGUCGACGUUUAACUGUGAUUUGUUUUUUGUUUUCUAAAUGCGGGGCUGGGGCCGGGGAAGUAAAAUAGCCAAAAUACUGAAACUGUGACGAGAGGACUCUGUUCAAGUCACACCGAGUGCCUUGCUUACGGCGCCGUCGAUACCGCUACGGAAACCGCCGGAGCAGACGACGUCGCGGUUCCUAACGCUGGCGCCCUUGUUUGAAGGGAGGAAACCAUUUUGGUGAAAGGGCUCUAAACCUAGCGAAGAAUAUUUAGCGCACAUGGUUAAGUUCUUUUUGUGUGUGUGUCUCUUUAAAAAAUGAUAAUAAACUCUUUGAGGACUAAAAAAAAAUGGAGAAAUACUUGAUCCUGCCGGUGUUGAAAGCAAUUGCUGACUUCAUUUGGGAAUUGCUUCAAUCAGCCGGCAGCAUUUUUUUUAUAAGGGGUGGGUGGGGAACGAUUUUUUUUACAAGAGGGGGAAACUUGCAUUGCUAAUAAAUAUCUAGUUUUGACAAUUUUAAGCUACUGUAAAACAUUUUUAAAAAGCACCAUUUCUAGCUGCAAAUAUUCCAAAUCAGAAGUGCCAUUACACUGUUCUUUACACGGUUGCCGUUGGGUGAAAAUGGCAGCCGUGCCAAGAGUUCAAGCGUUCCUCCUCUUUUGUGGAAGUGCGUCAAUGAGUCCUCAAGGGGUUUCUGUGCUCGCUGACCUUCCCAUUAGCAGCUUGUGUGGUUUCAUAUCACCUGAGAAUGAGUGUGGUCAGAAGUCGCUGAAGUUAUAUGGCGG